AUGGAGAGAGACUAUAAUUUUAGGGGGGAGACUCGCGGGGGAGAGGCACACCCCCACCGGGAUCACAACAAGCGCACGUGCGUCUGUCCGUGCCUCUGCGCGCGCGGGCUUCACUCAGGAGCUGCACGCGCCCUGCCUCCUUCAUUCAUCCACCGCUCCUGCUGCCGCCGCCGGACCGUCCUCUGUCCUGUGGGCCUCCAAACGCCCUGUAACCGGGAGAAUGAGGGUCUCCUACGGCCAAGCGACCCCACGGACCCGGGCAGGUACGUGCACGCUGUGUUCUCUCCAAAUACGAGCUGUUUUCGUGGGGGAUUUGUGCAGGAUUCUCCGCGGUGA